UUGCAGGCUCGCUGACUCGCACGUGCGACUCACUCACCUGCUGCAUGCUCUCUCUCUCUCUCUCUCGCUUCCCCAAUUCAUGCUCUCUUCACUCUCUUCAGGUGCCAAUUCCAACCCCCCCUUCGUUUUUCCCGUGCAAAAAUUCACGUGCAACACUCAUUGUUGAAUUGGGUUCCUCAAACUUAACUCAAGUUUCGGACUUUGGGGAUGGUGUAAAUGUUUUGUUCCCUUGCUCUUCUCGCCCUUUGAUUCAAUUCUGUAUUCUGUUAAAUUUCACUUGAGGCCAGUGGUGAUAAGUGAUGGGUAGAAAAAAAAGUAAACCACAUCGAUCAGGUGGGAUAAUACUAGAGACAAAUGCUACUGCUGAGACAGAAUUGGAUAAACAAAAUGCUGUAGAAGGACGGGAAGAAGAAAAAGGUGAUUCUUGUGGCAUUGAUAAGCCUUAUUUUGUUGAGGUUGACCGGACGGGUUGGUUGUUGAGUGAACACCUAGAUAUUUCUGAAGUUGUUUUGGGGGACUUAAAUUUGAGAGAAGAAUUUUCCGGUUUUGAACUGUCUGAGGAUUUUUAUAGGGAUCCCCAGCACUCGUUAAGAUUUCGGGUGUGUAAUGUCAAUAAUGUUCUUGGUCGAAUUAAAUUAGGCCAUUGGCCCGUGUUACCCUGUACUGAUAUUCAUCUAGAGUUUGUAACAAGAGAUACUGUUGAGCAGAUGGAAACAUACACAGUGUUGUUUUCUGGUAUUUUUGAUGGGCCUGAUGAAGGUGUUACUGGUCUUCUUCACUUAGCAAGUUUGAAGUUUGUUACGCUGAGGCCAGUUCUUGGGGUUAGGCUUUCUGAUGAAAUUUCCUCCAUCAGGGUAAGGGUUGAGGUACUAAAGAGUGCCUUUGAUGCAUGCGAGUCACUUCUUGAGAAUUCUAGACAACUAUGGAAAAAGAGUAUGAUGAAUGUAAUGUCUUGGCUACGUCCAGAAAUAAUGACUUCGGAAGUUAGGUAUGGGUUUGGUAGCCAUAUGGAAAUAGAAGUUGAUCCACAGACAGAGAUGGCAGAUGAGACUUACCAUGCCAAGAAACAUUCAAGGUUUGAUCCUGCAGGUUUCUAUGAAGCCAUUAAGCCUUCAAAAGCAGAGCCAAUGCUUGAAGAUGACAUGCCAGAGUUACUUCCAAAAUUGAGGCCAUAUCAAAGGCGUGCAGCUUUCUGGAUGGUAGAACGGGAGAAAGCAGUGGAAGAAAGUCAGGGUGAAAGAGAAAGAAAUCAGUUUCAUUCCCCAUUGUCUAUACCUGUGGAUUUUCUAGACACAAGUUCUCAAAUGUUUUUCAAUCCUUUCAGUGGAAAUAUUUCAUUGUGCCCAGAGACUUCUUCGCCUUAUGUAUUUGGAGGCAUUCUUGCUGAUGAGAUGGGCUUGGGAAAAACUGUUGAAUUGCUUGCUUGCAUAUUUGCUCACCGUAGAUCAGCAUCUGGAAGUAAUAUAUUUAUUGAUUUAGAGCCCCAAAUUAAUGGUGAUCAAAAAGUCACUUUGAAAAGACUUAAGAGAGAACGUGUUGAGUGCAUCUGUGGAGCUGUGAGCGAAAGUCUUAAAUAUGAAGGACUAUGGGUUCAGUGUGACAUUUGUGAUGCUUGGCAACAUGCGGACUGUGUUGGCUAUUCACUUAAAGGAAAAUCUUUGAAAUCAAAACAAGGAUGUGAAAGCAAGACAUAUAAAACUACCAUAGCUGUGAGGGAUGGAGAAUAUGUAUGUCAGAUGUGCUCUGAACUAAUACAAGCUACUGAAUCUCCUAUUGCCUCUGGUGCCACUCUCAUUGUCUGCCCUGCUCCUAUUUUGCCCCAGUGGCAUGAUGAAAUUUUACGUCAUACCCAUCAGGACUCCUUGAAAACUUGUGUUUAUGAAGGUGUGCGAGACACAUCUCUUUCCAAUACGUCUCUGAUGGAUAUCAGUGAUCUUGCUAGUGCUGACAUUGUAUUAACUACAUAUGAUGUGCUUAAAGAGGAUUUGACCCAUGAUUCUGAUAGGCAUGAAGGUGACCGACAUGUUCUGAGAUUUCAGAAAAGAUACCCAGUUAUCCCAACUCUUCUUACAAGAAUAUACUGGUGGAGGGUUUGCUUGGAUGAGGCACAAAUGGUGGAGAGUAAUGCUACUGCUGCCACUGGAAUGGCUCUAAGACUCCAUUCAAAGUAUCGUUGGUGCAUUACUGGGACCCCAAUUCAGCGAAAGCUUGAUGACUUGUAUGGACUUCUAAGAUUCCUUAAAGCUAGUCCUUUCGAUACAUACAGGUGGUGGACUGAUGUUAUUCGAGAUCCUUAUGAGAAGGGAGAUGCAGGAGCAAUGGAAUUUACCCACAAAAUUUUCAAACAAAUCAUGUGGCGUUCUUCUAAAGAACAUGUUGCAGAUGAAUUGGACCUUCCCUCUCAAGAUGAGUGCCUCUCUUGGCUUACACUUUCACCAGUAGAGGAGCACUUUUACCAGAGGCAACAUGAAACUUGUGUUAGAGAUGCCCAUGAAGUAAUUGAAAGUUUGAGAAAUGAUAUUCUUAAUAGAAAAGUCCCAGAUUCUGUCUCUUUGAACGGUUCCUCUGAUCCUUUGAUCACUCACACUGAGGCAGGGAAGCUACUGAAUGCUUUGCUGAAGCUUCGUCAGGCUUGUUGUCAUCCCCAGGUUGGAAGUUCUGGGUUGCGUUCCAUGCAGCAGACACCUAUGACCAUGGAGGAAAUACUAAUGGUUCUUAUAAGCAAGACCAAGAUAGAAGGUGAGGAAGCUCUCAGGAAGUUAGUUAUUGCUCUGAAUGCACUUGCAGCUAUUGCUGCCAUACAAAAAGAUUUUUCUCAAGCUACAUUACUGUAUAGUGAAGCUCUUACUUUGGCUGAAGAGCAUUCUGAAGAUUUCCGUCUGGAUCCGUUGUUAAAUAUCCACAUUCAUCAUAAUCUUGCUGAAAUACUCCCACUGGCUUCGAACUUUUCUUCAGUAUUGCCAUCCAAAGGAAAGCAGUUCUCUGGGUUUUCUGAAUUUAAGACAACCAAAAGGCAUCUAAUUAUAAAGGUCGAUCAUUGUCUUGUGAAGAGGCAAAAAUUGAGUGGUUGUGAUGACGUAAAUGUGACAGUGCCAUCUGCAGAACCAUCAAAUAUUGCAUCUAGCCUUUCAGAAGAUGACUUAAAUGAGGAUCAGGAAUUUGAUAAUUUAUCAGCUGAUUCUGUCAAAUCUCUAAUAGCAGAAUGUGAAGAUUCAAAGCAGAAAUACUUAUCUGUCUUCAGUUCAAAGCUAUCUGCAGCUCAACUGGAGUUUCAAAAUUCUUACACGCAGGUCUGUAAUGCACAUCGUGAGAGCAAAACAGAUCAAAAUACAUUUUGGUGGCUAGAAGCACUCCAUUAUGCUGAGCAGAACAAAGAUUUCUCUACCGAGUUGAUUAGAAAGAUAGAAGAAGCCAUCUCAGGAACUUCAAACAAUUCAAAGUCAUCAAGAAUAGCUGCUCGUUUCCGGAGCAUAAGCUCUCUGAAGUAUCAAAUUCAGACAGGUUUGGAUCACUUAGAGGCAUCUAGAAAAACACUCCUAGAUCGACUGUUAGAUAUUGAUCAGACAAUGGAAAAACCAAAAGAAGAAGAUAUUGAACGAGUGGGUAAAUGUCGAAAUUGUCAGCCUAAUUGUGAUGGUCCCCCGUGCGUUUUGUGUGAACUAGAUGAAUUGUUUCAGGAUUAUGAAGCGAGACUCUUUGUUCUUAAGAAUGAACGCGGAGGAAUCAUUUCAUCUGCUGAGGAGGCGGUAGAUUUUCAGAAGAAAACAUUUGCAUUGAAUCAUUUCCUCUCAAAGCUAUCACAAUCUAAUCACAGCUCUACAGUAUCUGAUAUUAGUCAUGAAGAAUCGAAGAAAAGGAAUGUUGGACAGAGAGUUGUGGUUUCAAGAUCAGCAUCUGAGUUGGAGCUUAUUCUUGGAGUUAUAAGGAACUGCUGCAAGGGUCGAUUAGGAAGGGACAGUGUCUCAGCUGCCACCAAGCAUUUACAUAUUUUUGAGGGAAUGCGAAAGGAGUUUGGCCAUGCAAGGUCUUUGGCAUUAGCUCAAGCUCAGUAUCUGCGUGCACAUGAUGAAAUAAAGAUGGCAGUUUCUCGUUUGCACCUACGGGCAAGUGAAGAUGAUAAAUCUCUUGAUGCUUUAGGUGAAAACGAAUUAUCUGCAGCUAGCUCAAACUUUUCCCAUGAUAAGUUUAUGUCAUUGACCAUGUUGUCACAGAUAAAAGGAAAACUCCGCUACUUAAAGGGUUUGGUUCAGUCUAAGCAAAAACUGCAAUUCGAAAGUCCAAAUGGUUCUUCAUUCACACGAGAGACAACUGCAAUGUCAAACUCUACAGAAGAGAAGGGUGCACUUGUAUCUAAAACUGAUGACGAAACAUGCCCAAUUUGCCAAGAAAAGCUAGGCAGUCAGAAAAUGGUUUUUCAAUGUGGGCAUCUAACAUGCUGUAAAUGUUUAUUUGCAAUGACCGAGCAAAGACUUCAAAAUAGCAAGCUUCAUAAUUGGGUGAUGUGCCCUACAUGUCGACAGCAUACCGAUUUUGGAAACAUUGCCUAUGCUGUUGAUGCACAAAAUGAAUCUUCCAAUUCUUCAGUGCUGCAUACAAUUGGCAGCAGUGAAAAAUGUGAAGCAUCCAUUAGUGUUAAAGGCUCAUAUGGAACUAAGAUUGAAGCAGUCACAAGAAGAAUCUUGUGGGUAAAGGCUAACGAUCAUAGAGCAAAAGUUCUUGUAUUUUCCAGUUGGAAUGAUGUACUUGAUGUAUUGGAGCAUGCCUUUGCUGCCAAUAACAUUACCUACAUCCGGAUGAAGGGAGGAAGAAAAGCACAUGUUGCCAUCAGUCAAUUUAGAGGAAAACAGAAUGGCUCAAGAGGAUGUGAGGGGUCAACAGCAAAAUCUAUUCAGGUGUUGUUGCUUUUAAUCCAACAUGGAGCCAAUGGACUCAAUCUUUUGGAAGCAGAGCAUGUGGUCCUUGUAGAGCCUUUACUCAAUCCAGCUGCUGAAGCCCAAGCAAUCAGUCGUGUACAUCGGAUUGGACAAAAGAAUAAGACCCUCAUUCAUCGUUUCAUUGUAAAAGACACGGUUGAAGAGAGUAUAUAUAAAUUGAACAGAAGCAGGAGCAAUCAUUCAUUCAUCAGUGGUAACACUAAAAAUCAAGAUCAACCUGUUUUGACCCUGAAGGAUGUGGAAGCCUUGCUGUCUAGAGCACCACUAACGAUGCCAGAAAGUGAUGAAAAUACCAACACAAAUGCAAAUCUAAGACACUUGCCACCAUCAGUGGCCGCUGCUAUAGCUGCUGAGAGGAGACUUAAUGAACAAAGUACAUGAUUUUAAGAGGCAAGAGGAGAUGCAAUGCAAUAAACUGUUAACCAUUGAUUCUUCUAACCAUAAUUCUAGCGUCCAAUAUCUAUAAAUUUAUUUAUUCUUGUACAUAUAAUUAGUCAUUUACGAGUUUUCAUUUUUUAGUAGAGAUCUGUAUAAUAUAUGUUAAUAUAUUAAUACUAAUCCUUUAGGUGAGCUUAAUUA